AUGUUAUUAAAAUCUGAGAAUUCUCAAGCCCACAUCAUAUCUAUUCAAGUUCCAAUCAAUAUAUCAGAUGAAAAGAUUAUUUCAAAUGUUGGGGUAAAAAGUGAAGCAUUUUAUUACAUAAUGGAAUUCUAUCAAACUGGAAAGGUUGCAUGGCCCACUGAAUCUGAAAAUGUUACUUGCAAACAACCUGAAGAAGAACUUGAUUACUUUCAAAUUCCUUUUAAUAAAUCAACAAUAAUUUGUUCAUCAGCUUUAGAAACUGCUCGAAAUAAUCUUAAUAACAUCAUUUGGGGCUUUGAUGAAUUGAUAAUUCGCUGUUGUAAUUAUCUCAUAAAUAAUAUCAAGUUUGAAAUUGGAAGUAGUGGUAUUCGUGUAAUUUGA